CUUCUCUCUCUAGAACCCUCUACGAAGUCUCUCACUCUCUCUCUCUCUAUCUCUCUCUUCUUCUGGUGAUCUUCCAUCGAUCGAAUACAUGGCGAAUCAGGAGAGAUGCACCGGCACUGUCCUCUGGUUCAACGAUGUCAAAGGAUUCGGCUUCAUCAAGCCCAACGACGGCGGCGAGGAUCUCUUCGUCCACCAGUCCUCCAUCAAAUCCGACGGAUUCCGUAGCCUCGCCGAGGGCGAGGAGGUCGAGUUCUCGAUCGUCACAGAGUCCGAGGGCAAGUCUUCGGCGGUCGACGUCACCGGCCCCGACGGGGCCCCCGUCAAGGGGAGCGCCAGGGACAGCUACGGCGGCGGCGGCGGCGGCGGAGGCGGCAGGGGCGGCCGUGGGUUCGGCGGCGGUUGGAAGGGUGGCGACAGGUACAACGGGGGCGGCGCCGGUGGCGGUGGAUGCUAUGCUUGCGGCGAGGUGGGACACUUGGCAAGGGAUUGCGAGCGCGGAAACCGUGGUGGCGGCGGCGGCGGCGGCGGUUCUGGGGCGUGUUUUAACUGCGGCGGGAUAGGCCACAUGGCAAGGGAUUGUCGCCGGAGUACCAAUGGUGGGGGUGGAGGAGGAGGAGGCACUUCCUGCUUCAAUUGUGGUGGUUUUGGGCACAUGGCGAGGGAUUGUACUAGUAGGGGUGGGGGUGGCGGCAUGGGCAGCGGCGGCAUGGGCGGCGGCGGCAUGGGCGGCGGCAUGGGCGGCGGCGGCGCUUGCUAUAACUGCGGUGGACUUGGUCAUAUGGCGAGGGAUUGCAAUGCUGGUGGUGGUAGCAGAUUUGGCGGCAGUGGCGGUGGCAACAGUGGUAGCAAGUGCUUCAAUUGUGGUGAGCUGGGGCAUUUUGCCAGGGAAUGUACCAUGACCACUUGAAGAAGGGAAAAAGGAGAGAAGAGCAAUAGUACAUAUUCUCUUUUUUUCUUGCUUAUGCUUUUGUUCGCCUUUUUAUGUUUUAUUGGUUUGGAAUGUUAUACAUAGGAUGUUUUGGAGAUUUUCGUUUGUUUCUAUCCCUUUUGGUUUCCUGUGUUGGUCAAUGAUCAUUUUGUUUAACUUCUCAUUGAGCUAUCUUCAACCCAGUGGAACUGAUGGCUGUUCUUAU